GUGGAUUAAGGACCUCACCCACGCUUUUGUUUUUGGUACAUAGCAGAAACUAAUCAAUUUUAUAUUUAAAAAAAAAUGUUGACGGAAAAACUGUUUCUGUUUAAUAAUCAGGGUAACCGCGUGGGAAUCUGAGUGAGUUAACGUUACUGCUGUGGCUCUUGUGUGCUAUGUUAGCUAAAAGUCCUGUGGAAACAUAAACGCGAGGAGAUUGAAAAUGCCACCAAAAGGAAAGGGUGGCAAAGGUGCUAAAGCAGGGGCUGCUGCAUCAGGCAGUGGGGACAGUGACAAAAAAGAAAAGGCUCAGAAGGGAGGUACAGCUGUUAAGGUGCGGCACAUUCUCUGUGAAAAGCAUGGCAAGUGUAUGGAAGCAAUGGAAAAGAUAAAGUCUGGUAUGCGCUUCAGUGAGGUGGCAGCACAAUACAGCGAGGACAAAGCCAGACAAGGAGGUGAUCUUGGUUGGAUGACAAGAGGAUCAAUGGUAGGACCAUUUCAGGAUGCAGCGUUCGCACUACCUGUCAGCGCUAUGGAUAAACCUGUAUACACAGAUCCUCCGGUGAAAACAAAGUUUGGCUACCAUAUCAUCAUGGUUGAAGGAAAAAAAUGAGCCGUUAUAAAUGGACUGAACAGUUUGAUAGUUGUGAAACGAUGCCAUUUGAUUAGCCUCCAACACACCACACGCACACAGUCAAAUGCAUUCCCAAUGCAUCAUGAUGACAUUGAAGAUCUCAAAACCAUUUUAUCACCAUGUAAAUAGCAGCCAAUAAAGUAGAUCUUAAUAAACCAACCAUUCAUUCAA